AUGGAAGACGACGAUACCCGAUCUUUCUCGCUCAUCUCGACCGUGGGGAUAGAGUCCGCAUACACGCCGACAGAUCAAGAUACGGACGAGUUCGAACUCGUCUAUGACGAGGAGAGGUCCGAAUGUUCGCGUUGGGAUCUGAGCUCGAGCUGCUCCACUUCGCUGCCUCCAAGCAUUCAUGGCUUUGAGUACGAGUGUGGCCGACGGUAUCACAGCUACAUGAGCGGGCGGUAUCCCCUCCCCAACGAUAGCGGAGAACAGCUUCGUGAGGAAACUGAACAUGCUCUGUUUCUCCAUCUACUUAGUGGUAAACUCUUCUUGUCGGAUAUCGGUGGCUCUCCGCGAAAGAUCAUCGACAUCGGCACGGGAACCGGAACAUGGGCAAUAGACGUGGCCGACCUGUACCCAGGUGCGAGUGUCGUCGGGACUGAUCUGUCGCCCAUCCAGCCCGAAUCGAUGCCGUUGAAUGCCCAGAUGUUUGUCGAAGACUGCGAGGACCCAGAAUGGACACAUGAAAACAACUUUGACCUGGUCCACCUCAGGGGGGUGGCUGGGUUCCUACUCGACCUCGAUGCCGUGGUCGAUAAUGCCCACGAACACCUCAGGUCCGGAGGGUGGAUCGAGUUUCAAGAGUUCGACCAUUCGGUGCUUUGCGACGACAACACCAUGAAGCAAGAUGAUCCAUUGCGUAUCUUCUUUGACACCUGUACCGAGGGCAUGCGCAAGCAUGGCUGUAUCGGCUUUGGUAAGCACGAUAUCAAGCAGCCCCUCAAGCGGGCGGGCUUCAGGCGCAUCCAGAUGGUGACCAAGAGGGUUCCUCUCUCGUCAUGGCCAGGGGACAAGAAGGCGAGGACCGUGGGAACGCUGAUGCAGGCUAAUAUCUCGGAAUGUCUCGAAGCUUUUGCGGCCAAGCCAUUGGUUGCCCUAGGAAUGUCACCAGAGCAGAGACACGAGAUGGUGAACCGCGCUCGCGAGAGCCUUCUGAACAGUUCAAUUCGUCGGUACGUGAACUGCCAUUUCUACAUGGGUCAGAAAGUCCAGCGCACUCGUGUUUCGAUCUGA